AAGGCGCCCCGUGUGCAGCCUGAGGAGCGGCGGCGGCUGCAGGAGGAGGAGGAGUGGAGAGGAGGAGGAGGAGGAGGAGGGAGGGGGCGAGGAAGGCGCGCUUGUCAUGCUCGCUCUCUAACCCUGGGGGCAUCCUGAAAACCUCUCCUCGGAAACCCACGGGGAAAUGGGAAACAGGAUUGACGGGUUUCACACGCUCCUCGCUAGACUGAGCCGCUCAUUAUCAUAACCGUCUGGAGGAGCGGCGGCGGCGUCUCAGACGAGGCCAGCGGGACCUGCCGGGCAGCCCCAGCCGCCGACCUCCCAGCGCCGGGCCGCGGGACGAGCCGAAGCCCGCCGAGCCGCCCGGGAUCCCUGCGGCGGGCGCGCACGGUGGGGGCCAGGGGCACGGGGGAUCUCGGGGCGUGGGGUGAGCGCCCGCCCGCCGCUGAGGUGGAGCAGAGCAAGAGGAGGAGGAGAAGCAGCAGCACCCACGGCCGCCGCUACCUCCCGGCUGACCCCGCGAUUUAAGGUUGUCAGAGAUGACUCUGGUUCUGUCCAUGAAUAGAUUCUGUGAUCCUAUUGUUUCGGAAGGAGCUGCCGAAAUUGCUGAGUACCAGACACUAUGGGAAUCCGACUGCUACAGCCACUGCAGCCCCUCAGGUCCUCUCCAGGCUCCCCCCCAGGGGGACAGAGGGGUCUGCCACUCUCUGGCAGGAUCACAUUACAGGGGAAUUUCAAAUCCUAUCACAACAUCCAAGAUCACAUACUUUAAGAGGAAGUAUGUGGAAGAAGAGGAUUUUCACCCACCACUCAGCAGCUGUAACCAUAAAACCAUCUCCAUUUUUGAGGAACGAGCUCACAUCCUUUACAUGUCCUUAGAAAAGCUAAAGUUUAUCGAUGACCCUGAAGUAUAUCUCCGAAGAUCUGUGCUUAUAAAUAACUUAAUGAAAAGGAUCCAUGGAGAAAUUAUCAUGCAGAAUAACUGGUGCUUUUCUGCCUGCUCGUUUAGUGGAGCCUCCUCCCAGGAGUGGUUCAUGGCCCAAGACUGUCCUUACCGAAAACGAAUCCGGAUGACAAAAGAGGACUGUGACAAGUUUCAUGCCUGCUGCUUCUAUCAGGAAUGUGGUGGUCACUACCUAAACUUACCCUUCUCUGUUAGUGCUCAUGGGGGAAAUUCUUCUGCCUCACCCUCUUCUUCCUCCUCCUCUUCCUCCUCUUCUACCCCUAUGUCUUUGCCAAGUUGUUCCCACCAGGUGGAUUAUGGCAUAAGCAGUGCACCUCUUUACAGAAGUGAUGACCAGAUACCUGCCAAUGAAAUAUUCAUUACUAAUGCCAGGUCUCCUGGCAUUCAGGAAAAGGCCAAAUUAAAUGAUGAGAAAGCAAAUAAUGAAACUGAGAGAGAUGGCAUAACCCUAAGUCGGGAACCCAUGAGAGGCGACCAUGCUCUUGAAUGUAAAGGCAAAUUUUAUGAUUAUUUUGAGACUGGGUGUAAUGAAAAAAGCAAUGUAAGUGAAUCUUGGAAAAAAUCCUUAAGGAAAAAGGAAUCUUUACAGAGUAAUAAACUGUGCUGCAGCAAAGGAAGUAAAAUAUGAGCCAUCUUUUUGCUGUAACUUUGAAGCAUGCACAGCAUGAUCAAUUAGCUAUCAUAAAUUUUAUUUUGAAUGGAUUUUAUAGUUUUGUACAACUGAUACAAUUAUGCCAUGAACAUGUCGUGUAGUUUUAAUGCCUGGAGAGCAGAUUGCGUAAAACAUCUGUACAAUCUGCAUCAGUGAGCUACUUAUAAAUAUGGAGAUUUCACAGAGAAAACAGUUGAAUUACUGCUUACAAGUAUAUCUUAGUUUGUAACAGAAAAGACCAGUAGAUCAGAUUGGGGAUAAGGAGCCCUUUUAUAUGUCCCUUGCCUUGCAAGAAGUCUGUGACUAACUAAGAAAGGUCAUCAGUUUGCCAGUUAAUUAGCUAGUUAUUUGGUAAGCACAUCAAUAUUUCCAGCUAGGGUUAUCUGCUUCAUAUAUACGAUACAGUAUUUAUUCUGAGUAAAAGACUGGAUUUAGUGAAAUCAGAUGAACUGACUUCACACUCUGGUGUAGACACUGUUAAAUAUUGGUAUUUAACAGUCUCGGGUGACUGAAGAAAUUGGUAUGUAAUAUAACUAAACACACCUGUUUAUGGAACCAUAAUAAAAACAAAUUCCGUGGAAUGGAGUCACUUGCAAGUCUCUGCCUUGCCUGUGAUGAGUAAAGAGGUUUUGGGAGGUCUGUUGUCAUACAGGGCGUUUUUUGGUGCCUUACUUUAUCUUAAUUUUUGCCAUUGUGAAAAUUAAGGAUAAAAUCAGAGUUACAGCAGGGAUUUAACAAACAGAAAAUAACACACAGGGUGGAUCAAUAUUGUUCGAAAACUGUUACAUUUGAAAUAUUGAGUUCAACUUUUUAUUCGACAUCUCUAUUCUUCCUUUUUUCAAUGCCCAAUUGCUUUUGGAUUUGGCAUUUUUAGAAAGGGAUUGAGGAAACAAUAGAGAGAUCUGUUAUAAACCAGCACUAGCUGCUUAUGCAUUUCUAUGGCAACAGUCUGUUGCUGGGGUUUGUUGUUUUUUGUUUUUGUUUUUGUUUUUUUGUAUAAUGAAGUUCAUGAACCAGUGGCAUGCUUUAUACUUUAAUCUGUUUUGCAUAAUUUCACUCCUUUAGAUUAUAAAAGCAUGUGGUUUUUUUAUAUAUGACUUUUGCUGUUAAUUAAGAAGCACAAUCUUAAUAAAUGAUGUGGCGAUCAAUAAGGUUCUAUCUUGAAUGUAAAGAUUUUAGUUUCUGAAAAGUUAUUUUGGAGAAAUGGGACUUGAAUCUACAGUGGCUAAAAUAGAUUUGGUCAAAAUUCUUCAUUUUCAUCACUUAAGCAUAUACGUUUUCAAAAGUGUCCAAAAGAUCCCUCCCAUCCUUCUCUACUCCCCCCAAUCUAUCUACUACCUAAAGUAUAUUCCCAUUUACAAGGUUAUGAAUUGACUUGGCCAUUCUUAAACAGUGCUUCACAGGAAUUAAAUAUCAAAUGAUGGAAAUAAAUAUGUUCUGUUCCUCCUCCCCAAUUUCUCCAAGAUAAAAGCUUUUUUAAAAAAAUUUAUUGCUAUUAAUAUUAAAUAUAGGUCUCAUUCAUACAGUGUAUGAGUAGGAUCAUCAUUUGGACAAUUGUCCACAAGGACCAAUUUUUUUUAAACAUGUUCUUGUGUUGUAGCUGAGUAGUCUAGUAAUGUCUGUUCUUUAUUUUCAAUAUUUGAUAAACGUUUGAUGUUAGAUAUUAGAUGCUUGUAUACCAACGUGUUGUUGUAGUAAAGUGAGGUUUUACUUGGUAUAUAUUUAUUAAAAUUACCAAAAUUCA